AUGAUCAUCAAGAAGCGUUUUCGUGCUAAAUACUGUGGUGAUGAAGAAAAGCCAAAGAAAUGGUUGAAGGUGUUGAAGAUGGUUGCGGGUAGCUUCUACUACCCAAAGGAUAACCCAAAGAAACCAAUGGGAGAAGAUGCAUUCUUCGUUUGUGAGGAACAACAAACUAUGGGUGUGGCUGAUGGGGUCGGUGGUUGGGCCAAGAAAGGAAUCGAUGCUGGUGAAUAUGCCAGAGAGCUCAUGAAAGAGGCUAUGAAUGUUGUUCAACAUGAAUCAAAAGGCUUUGUUGAUUCAAGGGGGUCGUCUACUGCCUCUAUUGUUACUCUGAAGAAAGGGGUGUUGCAUGGAGUUAAUGUGGGUGAUAGUGGUUUAAUGCUGUUUAGAAAUAAUAGGCUUUUGUUUCAAUCACCCAUUCAACAACACUCUUUCAACACACCGUUUCAGUUGGGCAACAGUGAGAUUAGUGAUCGCCCUGACUCUGCAACUGAGUAUCAGAUUUUGGUAGAGGCGGGGGAUAUUCUAGUGUUAGGUAGUGAUGGCCUUUUUGAUAAUUUGUAUGUUGAUGAUAUUGAAGAAGUUCUGAGGUGGAAAAAAGAAGUAUUUGGAGUCAAUGAUUUGGCUGAGCAUAUAGCAGACGUUGCUCUGUCUUUUUCCAAGUCCAAAGAUUUUUGA